GUUCAGUCAGUGGUUUCGAGCCAAAGUACACGUGAUGUUGGCUCCAGGGAAGGAACCCUUCGACAGCUUGGAUCUGAUGUCCACAGCUCAGCUGCCGAACGGAGCCGGAGACUACGGCAUCAGCGCUGUGCACGACGAGCAUCAUGGGAAAUAUAGACAGCCUGUUCAGAUCCUCUACUUCACCCACCACAGCACCAAAUACUACUGGAACGAUAUGAUACAGAACUUUGAGUUCUAUAUAGGCUUGGAGGAUGUGAAGGUGAGCUGCAUGAGCAUCCACUCUGACCACAGCUCUGGACUUUCUAAAACACUGCAGGACUACAGGAGGUUGUUUUUCGGGGAGAAUGAGAUUGCUGUAAGAGUGCCGUCUCUGUUCAAGCUCCUCAUAAAAGAGGUCUUAAAUCCUUUUUACAUCUUCCAGCUCUUCAGUGUUAUACUGUGGAGUGCUGAGGACUACUACUAUUAUGCCACAGCCAUAGUUUUCAUGUCUGUGAUUUCAAUAGCUACCUCUCUGUACACCAUUAAAAAGCAAUAUGUGAUGCUGCAUGACAUGGUGGCAACACACAGCGUGGUCCGUGUUUCAGUGUGCAGAGGGAAUAAAGAAAUUGAACAGGCCAUGUCAACAGAUCUUGUGCCCGGUGAUGUCAUCAUUAUCCCAGCCAAUGGGAUGGUCAUGCCCUGCGAUGCUGUGCUCAUCCAUGGGACCUGCAUUGUAAAUGAGAGCAUGCUGACAGGGGAGAGCGUGCCUGUCACCAAGACGAGUCUGCCGAGUUCAGGCGAGGAUGCGGCAUGGACCUACAGCACGGAGGAGCACAAGAGACACACGCUGUUCUGCGGCACACACGUUAUCCAGACACGCUUCUACGCUGGAGAACUGGUGGAGGCUGUUGUGGUCAGAACCGGCUUCAGUACAGAGAAAGGCCAACUUGUCCGCUCCAUCCUCCACCCAAAACCCACAGACUUCAAGCUGUACCGCGAUGCAUACCUUUUCCUGUUGUGUCUGGUGGGGGUGGCGGGGAUCGGCUUCAUCUACACCAUUGUCCUCAGUAUCAUGAAAAAGGUUCCUGCUAAAACCAUCAUCAUUGAAUCUCUGGACAUCAUCACCAUCACCGUUCCCCCGGCCUUACCGGCAGCCAUGACGGCCGGUAUCGUGUACGCACAGCGUCGUCUGAAGCGCGUUGGCAUCUUCUGCAUCAGUCCUCAGAGGAUCAACAUGUGUGGGCAGCUCAACCUGGUUUGCUUCGACAAGACUGGUACUCUGACUGAAGAUGGUUUGGACCUGUGGGGUGUGCAGACGGUUGAAGACGGCAGCUUUUCUCCCCCAGAGGCUGAUGCAGCUGAAGACAGUCUGGUUAACUCUGCGUUUGUGGCCUGCAUGGCUACCUGCCACUCACUGACCAAGAUAGAGGGCGAGCUCUCCGGAGACCCUUUAGACCUGAAGAUGUUCAGCGCCACAGGCUGGAUCCUAGAGGAGCCCACAGACGAAGAGACUACACUCCACAAUCCCAUAAUGCCCACAGUCGUGCGACCUCCAAAUCAAUCCAUCCCUGAAGCCAAUCAGAACAAUCCUCUCACUCAGAACAUGGAGCUGAAUCAGUUACCAUCCUGUGAGAUCGGUAUCGUGCGUCAGUUCCCGUUCUCCUCCACCCUGCAGAGGAUGAGUGUGGUGGUAAGGCGGCUGGGGGAGAAACACAUGGAUGCUUACCUGAAAGGAGCACCGGAGGUUGUGGCCAGCCUCUGCAAACAGCACACAGUUCCACAGAGCUUCACAGAGACUCUGGAGACGUACACCAAGCAGGGCUUCAGGGUCAUUGCCCUGGCUCAUCGACAGCUGGAGUCCAAACUCUCCUGGCACAAAGUGCAGAGCCUCAGCAGGGACCUGUUAGAAACCAACAUGGAGUUCCUCGGUUUGAUCAUCAUGCAGAACAAAAUAAAAGAGGAGACUGCCGGUGUUUUACGGGAAUUACGCCAAGCUAACAUCCGCACUUUGAUGGUCACGGGUGACAACAUGCUGACGGCUAUAUCAGUGGCUCGGGACUGUGGCAUGAUCCGUGCUCAUGAGAGAGUCAUCAUUGCAGAAGCUGCUCCUCCGAAGGAUUUCCACCCUGCUAGUAUCACAUGGCAUUACACAGAAAACCCCGUACAGACCAAGGACAAUCAGUCUGUGGAGAUAAACCUGGAGGAAGGGGUGUAUGCACGGCAGGAACAGAGCUAUCACUUUGCUGUGACCGGCAGAGCCUUCGCUGUCAUCACCGAGCACUUCCCUCAGCUCCUGCAGAAGCUUGCUCUGAGAGCCACAGUGUUUGCCCGCAUGGCUCCAGACCAGAAGACUCAGCUGGUGGAGGUCCUGCAGAGCAUCGACUACACGGUUGGGAUGUGUGGUGAUGGUGCGAAUGACUGUGGAGCUUUGAAGAGAGCUCACUGUGGGAUCUCUCUGUCUGAGCUGGAGGCUUCUGUUGCUUCACCCUUCACCUCCUCCACCGCCAACAUCUCCUGCGUCCCCAACCUAAUCAGGGAGGGUCGAGCUGCCCUCAUUACAUCAUUCUGUGUGUUCAAGUUCAUGGCGCUCUACAGCAUCAUCCAGUACCUCAGUGUCACACUGCUCUACUCGAUUCUCAGCAACUUGGGAGACUUCCAGUUCCUCUUCAUUGACAUCGCCAUCAUCCUCAUCAUCGCCUUCACAAUGAGUCUGAACCCAGCGUGGAAGGAGCUGGUGUGGCGGCGCCCCCCCUCCAGUCUGAUCUCCGGUCCCCUGUUGUUCUCGGUGCUGACCCAGAUCAUCACCUGCCUGCUGUUCCAGGUGCUGGCCUUCCUCUUAGUGCGGCAGCAGAGCUGGUAUGAGACUUGGACGCCUCAGUCAGAGUGA